CAGUUCCUGGUUUCUCUCUGACGUCCUUGUCCUAAACGCAUACUUGCGCCACGCCAACGCAACGCAUCUCUCGUCUCUAAGCCAAUUUAUACGUUGCGAUUUUUGACAUUGUCUGGUAAGUAGUCAUCAAUCAGAUAUAAAUCUCUGUUUCUGUAUCAUCGUCAUUAUACCCCUCUGUUUGCUUUUUGCCUUGGUCAUCACGUUUUCCUCUCUCCCAUCGGUGGUACUUGCGCGGGAUAUCUCGGCCACACCGAUCAUCAACUUUCCUUCUACGGCCAAGGAGAAUUGCAAUUCAUCCUCGAGCGCCCUCACAUGGUCUUCGACGUAAUCAGCAAACCGUCAGCGAACAACUCAAGACACGAGUUUGGGAAUUGGGUCUUCGCCAUGGUGAUUUAAUAACGAUGCGCUAUGCGCCCGCUGCUGCUCAGCGCAAUGGACGCUCAGCCGACGGAGUUGACCGGUCGCUCAAACAAAAUGCCUACCCUGAUGAUUUCUACGAUUUGGUUGUCACCAUUCACCGGGUUGGCUCGAUUGUUCUCCCGGCCCGUGAAUCGCGCAGUGAAAGAGGGAUCAGGCGGGCCAGUUGACACGGUCGCAACCGGGCGCGGAUGGAUCAGAAUCUCGGGAUAUGUCAUCGACGAAUGCGGCGGGUGGAAAGCUUUAGCCAUUGUCACAUAAUGACCAUCAGCAUUCUCUCGCCAUUCCGGUUCUCGUCAGUUCACACCCCAAAUUACACAUUUCCGGCUAUUCCGCUGCCAUCGCUUUGGGGAACCUGAGUCUUGGCAUCGAAAGGGAGCGGAACCACAGUCAGAGCUGAUCCCUUCCUGUUAUCGUCCUUCCACCUUCUCUUCGAUUGAUCCGUCCGAAAAAAAAAAAGAUCGACUCAGC